UUUUUUCACUUUCAUAGGCUAUCUUAUGAGGAAAACCAACUGUUAAAAAAAUGAAGUUCCCAAUCUUCGCAUUUGUUGGUAUUGUUCACCUAGUAUCCCUGGGCUCUGGAAAAGCUAUUAACAAGAGUAACAUCUCUCAGAGGACUUUUGAAGAAAUAAAAGAAGAAAUAGCCAGCUACAGAGAUGUCGCUAAAGCUAUCAUCAAUCGUACUGUGUAUGGUGAAUCCCAGAAUAGAUCUUAUGAGCGAUUGGCACUUCUAGUGGAUACUGUGGGACCUAGACUGAGUGGCUCCAAGAGCCUAGAAAAAGCCAUACAAAUCAUGUACCAAAACCUGCAGGAAAACGGACUGGAUAAUGUUCACCUGGAACCAGUCAAAAUACCUCACUGGGAGAGGGGAGAAGAAUCUGCUGUGAUACUGGCACCACGAAGACAUCAGAUGGCCAUUCUGGGGCUCGGCAGCAGCGUUGGGACGCCCCCAGAAGGCAUCACAGCAGAAGUUCUGGUGGUAACUUCUUUUGAAGAGCUGCAGAGAAGAGCCCCGGAAGCAAAAGGAAAGAUUGUAGUUUAUAACCAACCCUACGUCAAUUACUCAACAACGGUACAGUACCGUGUCAAUGGAGCUGUGGAAGCUGCCAAAGUUGGGGCUUUGGCAUCCCUCAUUCGCUCAGUGACUUCCUUCUCCAUCUACAGUCCUCACACAGGUAUGCAGGAAUAUCAAGAAGGGGUGCCCAAGAUCCCAACAGCCUGCAUUACAGUGGAAGAUGCAGAAUUGAUGUCAAGACUGGCUUCUCGAGGUAUCAGAAUUGUCGUUCAGCUAAAGAUGGGAGCAAAGACCUACUGUGAUGCUUAUUCCUUCAACACUGUAGCUGAGAUCACUGGGAGCAAGUUUCCAGAACAGGUUGUACUGGUCAGCGGACAUCUGGACAGCUGGGAUGUUGGGCAGGGUGCCAUGGAUGAUGGUGGCGGAGCCUUCAUAUCGUGGGAAGCACUCUCACUUAUAAAAGAUCUUGGGCUCCGUCCUAAGAGGACUCUGCGCCUGGUGCUCUGGACUGCAGAGGAACAAGGUGGAGUUGGUGCCUCUCAAUAUUAUCAGUUACACAAGGUGAAUAUCUCCAACUACAGUCUGGUGAUGGAAUCUGACCUUGGAACGUUUUUACCCACUGGGCUGCGGUUCACUGGCAGUGAAAAAGCCAGGGCCAUUAUGAAGGAAGUCAUGAGCUUGCUGGAGCCUCUCAACAUCACCCAAGUUUUGAGCGAUGGAGAAGCGACAGACAUUAGCUUUUGGAUACGAGAUGGAGUGCCUGGAGCUAGUCUGCAAGAUGACUUACACAAGUAUUUCUCCUUCCAUCAUUCUCACGGAGACACCAUGACUGUCAUGGAUCCAAAGCAAAUGAAUGUUGCUGCUGCUGUCUGGGCGGUCGUCUCCUACGUCGUGGCUGACCUGGAAGAAAUGCUACCCAGAAACUAGCCAGAAAGAGCAAGGAAGAAGGCACUCUCACUCCUGCCAGCGAGUAAUCCUGACUCAGCAGCCCUUGGAGACCUCUCUUCACAGAACAGCUCCGUCUGAUUCAUCUGCAAAGCACAACCCUUCAUCAUUCUUCCUAUUGUUGUCUUUCUUGAUACUUUCAAAUUCUCUAUUUCUAGGAUGAGGAAUGCUCUUUAAUGCCAGAAAGAAUCAGUAUAUGCUAGGGAUCACAGUGGAGACAUUUGUUUAAACCACCUCUUGAAAUUUGUGUUUCUAAUUUGAAAAUAAACAACCAAUAAAUAUUUGAAAGAUC